CAGUGCAAAAUCAGUCUUCAUAGAGUGUGGUUCUGUUCCUCGUUUUCUCUUUGCGAUAUUUAACUACGUAUCAUUGGAACACGAUCGUAUACUUCUGUUCCCUUACAUAUCGACCAACGGAGAAUGAAUAUUUUAAAACUGCUGGUGCCGGUAGGCUUUACUCAUGUUAUACGAAAUUUUUCAGUUGUGUCAACAACUAUGAGUGGAAACGAAAACUACAAGGAAGCGAAAUCCAUUUACGAUUUCACUGCUAAAUCCAUCAAGGGCGAAGACGUUCCUCUGGAAAAGUACAAAGGACAUGUCUGUUUAAUCGUAAAUGUAGCGUCAAAAUGCGGCCUCACAGCAAGCAAUUAUAAGGAAUUGAACGAGUUAUACGAUGAAUAUGCCGAUUCAAAAGGUUUACGAAUUUUGGCUUUCCCCUGUAAUCAAUUUAAUGGGCAAGAACCAGGAGACAGCGAAGAAAUAUGUAGCUUCGCCGAUCGGCAAAGGGUUAAAUUCGAUCUAUUCGAAAAGAUCGACGUGAACGGGGACAAAGCACAUCCUCUGUGGAAAUAUUUAAAGCAGGAGCAAGGAGGAAUCCUUGGUGAUUUCAUAAAAUGGAACUUCACAAAAUUCAUCGUAGACAAAGAAGGCAAAGUGGUGGAACGUCAUGGACCCCAAGCAUCUCCCCAUGGCUUGAAAAGCAACAUUGAAGCAUACUUCUAAUUGUUUACCUACCUUUGUUUAAUGUAUAUGCAAAUAUUUGUAUUAGUAAUUUGUGUUCUAACAACCACGGAUUAUUUAUAUGGAAUAUGUGAAAAGUACGUCAAAAUUUAUACGUUUCAUAAACUCUUAGAUGAAUAGUUUUUUAUUCAGCGAAAUUCUUCGAAUGUUUUCAUUAUGGAAUAUUGCACACUUCUUAAAGUAAACAGCAUCAGAAUGCGCACUUUACGUGUUGUAACGUCACGUUGAUAAAUAAAUAAAUAUGUUUACUCUCA